CCGCGGCCGACUUCAUCCAACCACUAUCCCUAUCUAGUCCCUUCGCAUGCUGUGUGUAUCAGUUAUCAGGACUAAGCCUGCGCAGUGUCGACGCACUGCUUCGUCAUUACCUGCCUUAUCCUACUAUUCUUGCCUACCAACCUGUGAAGAUGGCGGAGCGAUCGCCCAAGUACCGCCAGGAGAUCCAACAGAUGAUGUUUGUCUCCGGCGAGACGGCAGAACCAUCAGCUGAAACGACGACUCUCAUUGAAGAAAUUGUACGACAACAGGUUAUUGAAAUGCUUAGUCGAAGCACUGCCCUUGCAGCGCGACGGGGCGUUCGAUCUAUUUCCACAGAUGAUCUCAUUUUUCUAAUUCGUCACGACAAGGCUAAGGUAUCACGGCUGAAGACUUUUUUGUCAUGGAAGGACGUCCGGAAAAACGUGAAGGACUCGGAUGACAAAGGUGGUGGUGAUGCAGCAGAUUUUGGGGCCGGAGACGAUCCCUUGGCUGGAGCUGGCGUUGCGGGUCCAACAGAUGUUGCGGCGAAACCGAAAAACAAAAGGGCUAAAGUUGGUUUGCCCUGGGAUCUCAACAACUUAUAUUCAGUCCAAGUUCCUGAACGUGAAGAUGAAGAAGACGAAGAGGAGGAGGAGCAAAAUUAUGCCACCCUACAGCGACUCGCAAACGCAGACGAACGGACAAAAAACAUGACGCGCGAGGAGUAUGUUUUCUGGUCCGAUUGUCGACAGGCCUCCUUUACAUUUCGCAAAGCCAAAAGAUUUCGAGAAUGGGCAGGUUUUGGAAUCGUGACGGACUUUAGACCCAACGAUGACAUCGUCGACAUUCUUGGCUUCCUCACUUUUGAAAUUGUGCAAACCUUGACGGAAGAGGCUUUGAAGGUCAAGGAGCAGGAAGACCGGGGUAGGAAAGGCCGUGGAGCUUCGGAUGACGGUGAGAAGACGAAGAAGCGAAAACGAGAGACGGGUCUCUUCGACCCUCCUGAGGAGGGGAGGACACCCAUAGAGCCAAGACACAUUCAUGAGGCGUACCGCAAGCUUCAAGCGAUUCCAAACAAGUCUAUCGCGGUGUUGUUGCGAGGAGGACGUGCCCCUAUGCGCACCCCUUUGCGACUUAUUUGAAAUCCUCGUCCAAAUUUGUACGAUAUCGAAGAGGUCUUUCUUAUUUUAACGUACUACGUAGGAGCUGUUUUUUUUU